AUGGCGCUCGACUUGGACGCAUGCAUAGAGAAGCUGCUUAACAAGCAAUUGCUGGUUGAUACAAUUUUGAAAGAAAUAUGCGAGAGGACGAAGGAAUUGUUGAUGAUGGAAAGCAAUGUCGUGCACAUUAGUGCGCCGGUGACUGUGGUGGGCGAUAUUCAUGGUCAAUUUUACGAUCUUUUGGAAAUAUUCCGAAUCGGUGGCGAUGCACCGAACACCAAUUAUCUGUUUCUGGGCGACUACGUUGAUCGAGGUCUUUUUUCUGUUGAAACAAUCUCACUUUUAACAUGUUUAAAGCUGCGGUACCCACACCGUGUGCAGCUUGUGCGAGGGAAUCAUGAAAGCCGCGCUGUCACUCAGACAUACGGCUUUUACGCUGAAUGCUCGCGCAAGUACCCGGACUCAAAUGUGUGGCAAUACUUUACCGACAUGUUCGACUUUCUCACCUUGUCAGUUGUGAUUGACGACGACAUCUUCUGUGUCCAUGGCGGUCUUUCGCCGUCCAUCCAUCACAUUGAUCAAAUCAAGAUCCUGGAUCGGUUCCGCGAAAUCCCUCAUGAGGGGGCAAUGGCAGAUCUUGUUUGGUCUGAUCCUGAUCCUGAUAAGGAAGAGUUUGCUAUAUCGCCGCGCGGUGCCGGUUAUACGUUUGGCGCCUCCGUCGUCAAGCACUUUCUCGAAUACAAUCAUAUGUCUCACAUCUUGCGAGCGCAUCAACUGUGUAUGGAGGGCUACAAUGUCUUGUACGAUGAUCGGCUCAGUACGGUGUGGUCGGCACCCAACUAUUGCUACAGAUGUGGGAACCUUGCAUCGAUCUUGGAAGUGGGACCUAAUGGGACACGCCACUUCAACACGUUCGAAGCGGCGCCUGAAAAUGAGCAUGACGGUCCGCUUCAGGCUGUACAUACCCGCAGCGAGACUGUUGAAUACUUUUUAUAA